ACAAAUGGCUUUUGGACUAGUGUGUGCCUGUAAUCUGACCAAAGAAAGUGUUGGUACACAGACUGAUAUUUUAGUUCUCAACAUGACUACUGAAGAUUACUUCAAACCAAAGACAACUGCUUUUAAGCUAUUACAGAACCAGAUAACCAGUGUCCUCCAUACAACCAAACUGAGCAGCACAUCUGACAAAGCUUUUGAAGACAGUGUUUCUGAAGUUAUCAACUUCAUUAAUGAUCUACCAGACACACCUAGAACCAGAGAAAAAGUUAGAACAAGGUUCAGGAAAAGAAUGUACAACCAAAAGGGAUAUGAAAAAAACAAAGAGUUAGCCAUAGCGACUGGCGGUAGUGUUAGGAAAUUGCAGUGGAAGAAAGCCAGAGAGGCAGUAAUACCACCAAAACAACCAAGGGCAUCCGUCAAACAAAGGAAUAUUUCAAUUGUGAGUUCCUCAACAACAUCACCCAUAUCUUCUCCUGCCACAUCUCCAGUAUCUUCUCCUGCACAUACUCCAGAAACUUCACCCACUCAACCUCCAAUGAUUUCUCCUGCUUCGUCAGUCACUUCUCAUACACCAGUUUUGACGGAACAACUUCCACAGACAAACAGUAUAGGAGUUUAUUUUAAAAUUGGAGACAAUGUCUGCAUUGCAAGUGGCGGCAAGACUUAUGACUUCGCAACCGUGGAAAAGAUAUGGAGCUCAAGAGUGGACAUCACCUACCUAAAAAAAAGCCGGGCCUAAGCUAUCAACAUGGAAGUUAGGUAGUGGUAAACCCUACAAAGACAGUAUCCAUAAGAACAGUGUCUUUCAUUGCUUGGGCAAAGCAGAUCAAGUAGAGGGUCAGCUAAUGCAGACAAUAAAGAAAAAACUUAAUAGCCUUUUUUAGUAGACAAUUUGGUUAAAACAUGUAAAGUUUGACUUUUGAAAUAUGUAAUUUUAUUGUCAUUAAAAUUUUAUUUUCAGAUUUUAUCAAAAUUUACUAGUAAUUUAGGGGCCCUUUAUGAGCCA